UCGACUGUCAACAGUGAAAACGCGCUCGCGUGCUCUCUUUCUUCGAGUUGAGUUUUAUCGGGAAAAACAAAACCGAAAGUGGUUCUAUUCCCAGUAGUGGGUUGGAUAAUCGACUGUCGUGAAGCGGGGGUAGAAGUUUGGAGUAGCGUUUGAUUCGGACGGUUAGAAAUGAUCGUGACGUGACGUCGGCCGAGUGAGUGAAACAGAACCACUCUUGGUUUUAAACCGUGUUGAGUCCGUUGGGGUUAGGAACGGUGUCCUACGACACAUACUGAAAAGUGGUUUGUGAGAAAGUGCAAACUUCUCUGAGACGCUGCCCCCCCCUUAUUCAUCGAAAGGGAUAGAUAGAAAAUCCGGGGGAGAGAGCAAGACAAUCUACUGUUGGAUUCGAAAGAAGAAGUUUUUAAUAUAUAACAAGUUGCAUCAUAGUCUUAAGACUUCAGUCUUAAGAAAGUGAACCGCCAAUAAACAUCUUUCGCAAAAAAAAAGAAACAAAGCAAAACAGUACUGUGCGAUGCGAUGCGGGUUGGUGAUACAUUCCGCGCGCUUUCUCGAGUUAUUGCUGAAUUUUUGAAAUCCUGUUAGGGAUUUUCCGGGAUCGAGCAGCAGCAAGGAAGUUGAGUCAUUUUACCUGAAUUGGAUAUUUUGGAUUACGAUGGAUUAUUUUUAUUUAUGGAUAUAUAACCGGAAGAAAUGUGAAUGUAUUAUGCAAAAUCUGUGAUAUGUGGUGAUGUUUCAAAUGGACUGUUGAACGUGAUGAGGACUUCUAAGGACUAAGAGUGAAAUUGUGCAAUAAUUGAAGAAAUAAAAGGUGCAAAUUUAGGAAUUGUGAGGUUUAUGUGCAAUAAACCAACAAUACGAAUUUUGAGAUAAUCACUUGGAAGAAGCGUUUCUAGAGUGAUAUUUGUUAUCAAAAUAUGGAAUCGCCUCAAAUGUACGAUACAAAUCAAAUUCAAGUGCGCAGUGAUAUUAAAAAACUAACGAUGGCAGCCAACAACAAUAAUGCAUCAACACCUAACAACAAUAACUCACCAACGGCGGUCAACCAGAAUACGUUGGCUCUUAAGCAACAGCAACAUCAGCAGCAACAACAAGCCCAGUUAAAUCCAAUUGUGCACCCUAACGGCAACGUGUUGACCAACGGGAACCUUCUAUCGAAGCAGAUGCUCCAGCAAAUCCAAUACUCCCAGAGUGAAUUGGAUGAGCUUACAUCUCAGGAAAUUUCACUGGACCUCCAGCAUCUGAUCGAUGAUCAGUUUCGUGACCCGGAGGCUCUCGGUAUAUUCACCGAAAUGGUUACCGUUGGCAGUACAAACGGUAAUGUUACGAAUCCCUUGGUACAGACAGCGGCUGCUAAAGCUCUCCAACUACAGCAGGCUCGAUUGUCUCAGCAUACCAAUGGAAAUACCAACUAUCAACGAUCUCUGGCCUACAUGCCACAGCCAGUUCACACUGGCGCUACCUAUACAAACAACUCCAGCGAUGAGAACAGCAGCGUCGGUUCUUCGGAUUCAGCUAACAUCAAAGAGGAACCGGUCGAUCCGAAUGAGUAUCGUCGCCAACUGCAGCAAGCCACGGGGGCCCAGUUCAUGGGGAACACAACAUACCAGCUUGCUGGCGGCGGUGCUGGUGGUGGAGGUGGUAGUGUUGGAACGGGAAACUACGUGACCAACGGAAAUGGUAAUACCUUCUCGAACCUUACUCCAGCUACAGUGUUACAUCACCAAGCCUUGCCACACCUCGCCGGAGCUGCCCAUCUGGCGAAUCUUACCAAGCACAAUAAGUUACUUCCGCACGUGUCCCGCAAGUCCCAGCAAAAACACGUCGAUAAGGGUACCGACGAGUACCGGAGGCGACGUGAGCGAAACAACAUAGCCGUCCGAAAGUCCCGCGAAAAAGCCAAAGUGCGAUCCCGUGAGGUGGAGGAAAAGGUUAAAGCACUUCUCAAGGAGAAGGACGUCCUACUACGAAAAAUCGAGGAAAAGAACAACGAGAUCCAGCUAUACAAGCAGCUCUACAUGCAUCUGAUGAACCACAGCAAUCCGGAGAUCAAUCAGAUCUGUCGCAGCGCGCUGAAUCUUUCAAACAUGGGUGAUCAUAUGUAGGAAACUGAAAAUAGAAAUGAAACGUGAUUGCUUGAAACGAAGUUACCAAUCUCAGUCCAUUAAACUACUUUUAUUUAUGUAUUAAAUCGUGUAAAAAUCUCAUCUUGUAUCAAAUUGAACUAGUAUCAAAUUGAAAUCGAAAAGACAUUUGUUAUACUGUAUAAAUUAAAGCAAAAACGAACAACACGCGGAAAUCGUCGCAAUAAUAAGUAAUUUCAGUAUCUGGAGCGGCUAUCGAAGCAAGCUAGGUUAAUUUUGCAUAGAGAAAGUGAUCUAGAAUUACAAUAAUAGUUACAGUAGCAAGAGGAGCGAAACCGAAAGUGAACUGAAAAUUACACACACAUACAAAACCUUUGACUUACAACUCAAGACUCGAUGGCCUAAGGUGAAAUAUAUAUUUUUAGAUUAAUUUUAUUGAGCGCAAAAUGUAAAUGAUAGUUCUAUAUCUUGAUUAUGUCAUUGACUAAUCGGGAAACUGGAAACCGGUUUGUUACCGUUUAGGCAACUGUCACACAAGUGUAGUGCAUUAGAUAAGUUAGUGGAAAUCUGGAUGUUUAUUACUUUUCUUUAACGUCGUUCGGUAGUUAUUCGAUUUACAAACAAAAACUGGGAUGCGAGUUAAACUAGUUCUUGAAGCAAGACUCUCAUAUUUCUAUAAUUAUAAAAACAAACUUACACAUGAAAAGAACCAACACAAACACAAGUAUCGUAUUUUUCUCAGCUUGAAAAGUCUGUUUUGAAAAU